CUCUCUCUCUCAAUUUUCAUCUCUCUCGAAGAUCUGCAACACUGCAACUCCAGGCUCUCUCUCCUCCCAAGCCAUGAGCGACCCCAUUGAGACAUCGAUAUCUUCAUCGUCUUCGGCAGGAGACCCGAAUUCGAAUCCGAACCCGAUCUCUCUACUCCACCCUCGGCGGGAGCCUUUCGAGCAUGGCCUGCUCCCAAUCCCGAAGCUCGUUUUCACCGACCCGACCCAAACCCUAAUCCCCAUCAAGCAAACCCUCCUCUCCUCCUCCACGAACACUCGCCGAGUCGACUCCGCCGCCCUCUCCCAAUCCCUCCAGAUCUCCCCUGACCACGCCUGCCUCGUCCUCGACACCCUUGCCUCCGUCCUCCACUCCGACUCCGAUCCGCUCGUCAGCUCCAAGCCCGACGAGAUUAACUCCUCCUCCGCCGACGUGCACGAUCUGCUCCUCUUCCUUUACAUCCAGUCCUACAAGAAAUUGCUCCCAAGGACGCACAAGGACUCAGCCGCAGUCGCCGAUGUCUGGCCCUCCACCUCCGCCUUCGAUGGCUACUUGUCCGCUCUCUCGCCUCUUCAGCUUGUACGGAGCAACAGCCGCCGGUUUGUUCCAUCACAGGCUGAUGAAGAGGCUCAUCAGUUGUCAUAUCUUCAAAAGCACUUGGCUAACAUUCUCUCUCUCUUAGCUGAACCUGUGGAGGGGGAAGACGAAGAAUCUCUGGUUUUGACUAUGGAUAGAUUUGAGCACCUUGGGUUUCUGAUUCAAUUUGGUGAUAAGGGACCUGAAGAAACUCAGCUGAGUCAACAUGCUCCAUUUUUUGCAAAUUCAGAUCCUGACAUGCCUGCUGUACCUGUUCCUGCAGCACAAGUUCACGAGUGGCUUCUACAGAAUAUAGCUUCUGCUUUGGAACAUAUUUCAGAAAGGGCUUCUCUUAAAGAAAAUGGCCCAGCUAGUGCCUCUGAUCAGGAUGUUUCUAUGGCGGAUGCCUGCACAACUUCAAUCAAGGCCUCACCAAGUGCUAGGGGUCCUAGUUUUAUUGAAGGGAUCUCCAAAUCAUCACUUGUAAAGCAAGCAUCUGAUCUUAAAGGUUCUUCUGUAAAGGUCCUAAAUUGUCACGAUUCUGUCAUUUACAUCUUAGCACCUUUGAGAUAUGCCACUGUUUACGGUUGCUCUGAUACUACUAUAGUUAUUGGAGCAGUUGGGAAGGCUGUAAGGAUUGAGCAUUGUGAACGAGUUCAUGUGAUUACAGCAGCAAAACGAAUCUGCAUAGCAAACUGCAGAGAAUGUGUGUUCUUUCUGGGGGUAAACCAGCAACCGCUUAUUGUUGGUGAUAACCAUAAGCUUCAGGUGGCACCAUACAAUACAUUUUACUCUCACUUGGAAGAGCACAUGAAUGAAGUUGGCGUCAAGGCUACAAUUAAUAGAUGGGAUGAGCCCCUGGCACUAGGAAUGGUUGAUCCACAUGAUUCAUUAUCUCAUCCCGCAGGUGUCUCUGAUGUGCAGGCUGAAUCAGCUACACGCUUGGACCCUGACCAGUUCACGAACUUUUUGAUUCCAGACUGGUUUGGAUGUGAAUCCUCUGGGUCUACGAAAGACAACCCAUUCCCACUACCAGAUGUUUAUUUGAUGGCUCAGCAGAGAAAUCAAAAAAACUUGGGGGAGAUCAAACAAUUAUUGAGGGAAGCACCCCUUGAAGAAAAUCGGAAACGAGAGUUAUCAUCUGCACUUCAUGUAUAUUUCAGAGACUGGUUAUAUGAAGGAAUCCGACUCUCCGUUCCUUUUGCUUUCCUUGCUGGGUGUGUCUAGCUUUAAUCAAUGCAAAUACGAAGAUAGCUUGCAUACUAGAAUCUUCAUGUUCUGGAGAUAUAAAAUGUGCAACUUGAGGGUUUGCCAAGAGAUGUUACAUGCUAGUCAUCUUUUGGCUUUGAUAUUGCUUGGAAACAGAUGCAGCUGAGGUGGGUCAGUUGCACCAGGCUUGCUUGUUGGUUUCAUGGUGGCCUAAUCUUUUGAUGGGGAUAAAUUUUCUGGUUCUACAGAAUAUGUUUUCUUCCACAGGCUCCACACAUUCUAGAGUUGUUGUCAUUGUCUGGAAGCCAACACAAAAAGUGGUGCCGGAUGAAAUCCUUUUAUUUUUGCAGUGUUUCUUUCCGUAUAUUAUAUGUUUCAGAUGGUGAGGGUUGGGAUCGGUCUCUUUGCAAAUAAUAAUAAAACAACAAUAUUAUCACCACAUACUAUUUAAUGAGGUUUAACUAUGUUGCAUUUUUA